AUGUUCUUCAUCCCAAUUAUCUCAGCUCUUGCCUCAUUCGUGGUUCACCACUUCGCUCCAACUGUUGUCUACAGCCUCGAGGUCCACACCGCUCAUCGUGGUCUCGUUGUCCACAGUAGAGGCAGUAUCCUGCACGUCUCUGGCCCUGUCGAGACUGGAUUAAUUCUCUACCACGGUGAUUUGGUCGUCUACACGGCUCCAAUCAACUUCAUCAACCCUCCUCUUCCCCCGCCACCCCCUCCCGACCCCGUCUUUGACGCUUUCGACCGGUUUGCCACUCCGACUUUCAUCGAGGGCACCAACCCAAGAAACGACUGGAUGUCCCCGCAUAUCGUCUCAGCUCUUGUCUUCAGCGUCUUCGUUACCGCUUUCGCUGCUGGAUCAAGUCUGAAGCCCCUUCAUCUGCAAUUAGCUUGGGAUACAUCUUGCUCUUUACCGCUUCAGUUUAUUGUCGACGGGCAAUUCACAAUCAAUGCGCUGCAGCAAGCCCUUCGCUAUAUCGUAGUUCUGGGCUCGAAGGCCGCGCUGCAAGUAUUUGAGCAACUUCUCCCAUUGUUCAAGCAGUUCACCUUCACGGCAUUCGUUUUGCUUCGGAUUCUCACACAUUUCAUGCUCUCCAAAGUCGUUCCGUGGAUUUGGACUGUCAGCCUCAAAGCGAUCACCAUAACUUAUCGCAAAAUCCGGUCCAGAGCAGCACGUCGUCAAGGGACUCCGAAUGAACCACACGGUCCACAAUAUGACGCGUCAGCAGCAGCUCGGGCUCCGAUCGAUAAACCACCCCCACGUCCACCACCACCACCUGUGCCAUUUUGGACAUCAUGGGCCGUGCUCUUUCUCUGCGACGUUCUUCCCAUCCGAAUCCAUCCGAAAAACAUAAAAAUCGAGAAAAUCCUAGGCAAAGGCGGGUUUGGGACUGUCGAAUUGGGUAUAGAUACCUCCACUGGUGCAAGUAUCGCAGUCAAGAGAAUCAAGAAGAAUCUUAUUCGUGAAAAAUUCAAACUGGUCACGGAUGAAGUUCGCACGAUGAGCAGAGUUACUUUGGCUAAGAACGGCAGCAAAUAUACGAAUAUUUUGGGGAGCUUCGUGAAUGAUACUGAGUAUAUCAUCGUCAUGAAUUAUCUUCCAGGGGAUACGAUGUGGGAAAGGGUGCCAGUCCAAGGCUUAGCUCGUCCGAUAGCGUUGUUUUACUCUGCCCAACUCUUUCUCGGCAUAAAUGCACUGCACAAACUUGGGAUCGCGCACCAUGAUAUCAAACCAAACAACCUGCUGCUCGACAGCAAUGGCCAACUCAUCAUCAGUGACUUCGGUGUGGCCGCGCGUUUCGAUAUGACGUUGCAAGGCGGGAAGAGCUGGGAAUGGGCAAAGAAACAUGGUGGAGAUGACUUCCCGCUUCUUUGGCCCUGCACCGACAAUCCACACAUUUGCGAGUCGUGGGGCGGCACCCCGAUGUACAUUGCGCCCGAAGCCAUGGCGCAUGGGGCCCGUGUUAGCUAUGGUGUCGAUUAUUGGGCUUUUGGAGUGUGCUAUUAUUUUUUCUUGACAGGGAUGCUUCCUUACGCCUACGAUGCGCCGAGGGGAGAUUAUGCGGACCCUCUUUCGGUCGAUAUGGAUGACGGAUAUGUGGAGCGACCAUUCGUGUCGACAAUCGACAGUUUGUUUGUUUACCAGAUGCUGAGGCUGAACGAUUAUAACCGGCUUUCUGUGCACGAAAUGAGAACGCACGAGGCCUGGGGCGAUAUAAACUGGGCUGCGGUCGAGAAUGGAGUUUUGCUGGAACCUGCAGCAGCGACGCAGAGCGUGGGGACAAGAGUUGGCCGGAUACGAUGA